AUGGCGUCUUGUGCGUCAAAAACUCGCCUCCGGAAACGUCCGGAAGACACCUGUGUGUCGGACGUGGACAGCGAUCCACCCCCGAAGAAAGCAAGUGUCUACGACUCCUCUUCCCUUGUGUCGAAUGCCGACAAAAAAACUUCUCAUGCCUCUUCCUCAGGGGCUCGCCGACUCAACGACCACCCACGGGGGACGGGCGAGGGAGCAGUCGAUGAAGCUCCGGUGUAUGUACACCGCAUCCUGGGAUCGAGAAGAGGGUACGACAAGACGCGCCCGCCCCCCGCUUCGAGUUCUUGCGAGAGUGAGGGCAGAAUCAGGGCGGAGGCCGGAGGGGAGACCCGACGAAGCUCGAGAGUUGGCCAAGUCCUGGAGCUUUUGUCGGCAUCAGGGAAUGGCGAGCAGGCGGCGUCGCCUGGCGAAACAACCGCUCCGAGCUCGCCCCACUCCAUCCGCGUGACAGCGUCCAUUGACGUGGCCGAGCAAAAGGGUACGGUAGCAUCGAAUCUUUCUGGAAAAGACAGCGAGAGCGAAAGCCCACAGGGAGAGUCAGCCUGUUCCAGCUGCCUCAAUCACCGAACGUCGGCAUGCAGCGUGUCUGGCCAUUCUCCACGACAGCGGUCGCCGGCGGUGCGCCCCGGUGCUGCGCCCUCGGCUGUACGUCCAGCGUCCCGUGCCCCUUCGAGUUCGAUCGGUUCGUCGCCAUCCGCUUCUCUCGCCCGGCCACCAGACGGCGCGAAAAGUCUCCGGCAGUCUCUUCAGGCUGAGGACUCGAGCCCAACCGCAAAUGCGGGGCGAUCGUGCUCGUCUUCGGCCUCCUCGUCCUUAGACGCGGCGGUUGUAGCCUCCCCAGCGCUGUCGUCGGCCGGCGCGGGGCCUGCCUCGGAGUCCAGCUCCACUCCCUCGUCUCGUUCGCCCUCGCUCCCACCGUCCUCUCCAGAGGGUCCAGAGUUGCCUUCCUGGAUCAAGCAACUGAACUCGCCAAUGCUCCCCUCGAUCCUCUCUGCAGUUCCGCGGGCUGCCGCCGCUCGCACUCGCCUCACCACAGCGCCAGGCGACAGCGAAGACCGAUCGGCUCCGCCGCCUGAGGAGACGCCUCAAGAACUGGAAACUGUAGAGCCGUGCUACCGCGCACGAACUGCGCCUGUCGAUCCCCCUCCGCCGUUUCCUUUCCCUCUUUCCGUCACACCCAGCGGCUCGCGAGGCCGGUCUGCCGCCAGUCAAUUCGCGCUCCCGGCGAGAAGCAAGGCGGCGCCUUCCGCCAACGGAGCUUCUUCCAGUGAACACGCGGAGAAGCGGAAGAGCUCGCAGGCCUCCGAUUUGCCGAGCCACGCGAGCGUCGCCUCGACGGGCGUCGCGAGAGGUCGAACAGCGCAGCCGGCGGGCGCGGGGCCAGCAAAGGGCGAGAAGUCUGGAGUCGCCGCACGACACGAAGGCGUUUCUGCUGCUCGGGAAGAAGGUGCCGCUUUCUCUUCACAGACGCUCAAGCGCCUCGGAGAAGACCGAGGCGCAGCCGCUGUCGCUGGGGGCGCGGCACAGGCCGGGAGCUCGGGAACGGCUGGUGCGCGUGUGGUGGCUUCUCGCGGAUCGAGCAGUGCGUCACCGGGCACCCAAAGUUCUGGCGGACACGCCCGUGGCGAUGGCGUCUCGGGGGCGUCUUCCCAGGGUUCUUCGGAUGACGCGCCAACAUCGCCCCGUGCAGGGUGUGGAACCGGGGCGUCGCAGACAGCGGAGACUGUCUCCUUUUCGUCCCCUCGAUCGGCUUCUCUCCAUCCUUCGCCGCUGCCGCGGGCGCUUCCUAGAAGGGGCGGAACCGUAGGUGUCGGCACUCUUUCUGUGCAGCGAGGCGGAAUCGGCGGCGUUCCUGCUCUCUCCGAGCACCCGUCCUUCUCCCUAGAGAAACAGCUGCAAGGUGCGGAAGACCGGCGAGCCUACUUGCGGCGUCUCCUGCGCGGAGGCGCCCCAGGGCGCCCGGAAUGGCCGUUGCCCGUGGAGACAAAGACGCUGUUGGAGGCCGCCGGCGUGACCGCUGGGCGCUUCCAGCCCGAUCGCUGGUUCGGCUGGGGCAUUGAACCCUUUCCCUCGGCGCGCGUCUUGGAGUGGAAACUCGCCAGAGUGCUCGGACGCCCAGUCCUCGACGCCGCUGCGAGAGGCGACGCGACCGUCUGGGGCGUGCUCUGCCUGUCGCUGGGGGCGAUCCUCCUGGGUGCCGACGUCGCCGAACUCCGCGCCGGCUUCCAGAGACAGGGGUUGCCGGUGCCGGACCCGCUCGUCGAGGGCCGAGCUUGGCUCCGGGGCGCAGAGGGCGGGAAGUGA